GACUGCUGCCACAAAAUGAACCUGGCACUAUUACAGAUUGGUGAACUGCCAGAAUUUGCACCUAUGAUUGCUGAUUUGAAGGCAAUUUUAGUGUACAUGCACAAGUCAAUCUAUGCAGCAGAACACUUUAAUGAUGCCCGUGCAGCUUUCAACAUUAAGAAUGGCCUUACAAUGAUUGGAGAAACAUGCUUCAGUACAUAUACAUGGGCAGUGAUCUCAGUGCACGACUGCUUACCUGCAUUCUAUGAUAUCAUCAGCAAGCCUGAAUUGGGUAUUGUUAUUGACAUUUUGAAUACCCAUGAUACAAUUGAGUUUGAGUAUAAUCUCAUGAGAUUUAUUGCACUUACAAGUCUGUUUGUGAAGGCUAUCAAGUGCCUUGAGUUGGCUUACUCAACUAUUGCUGACGUCUACUUGUUCUGGCUCACUGUUGUUGCCCAUCUUGCUGAUCUGUUCAUAAACAAUGUGGUCAAUCUGUCUCCAUCAACAAUAGAUGCAGUGUGA